UAGUGGUGUAUAUAAUCCCGCAACGCUGUGUUGUUUCAGUCAUUAUUUGGCAGCGAGCAGUCUUCACUACAUGUGCUUUUUGAAUUCAAUUUCCAUGUCUUCAUGAAAUGCCAGGAUACGUUUCCUCUUUUCAAAAGAAUCCGAAGGAAAGGAGUGAAAUUUUGUUCGAUAAUCUUAAAAGGAACAUAAGCCAAGCAUCAUUGUCUAAAGGAGAUAAACAUCUGCCUCAUCAAGAACGUAAUAGUGUUAGCUUUUGGUUACCAAAUCCACGGCUUUAUAACUUGGGAUCUACAUCUAGCCAUGAUGAUAGCAGAGAAGAUACAGAACAAUUUCAAAAAAAACUUGGGAUGGCAAACACCUGCAUUGAACCUUUCCCUGAUGUACAGCCAUUAGCUAAACCAGCAAACCUAAAUUUAAAAGAAGCUUGCCCCACACAGGCUGUUGAGCCUGUUGUUGCAUUGUUUGAAGAUCCUAUUGAUCUAGAAGCUAACAAACCCAGUUGUUGGACCUAUAGUGCUCAAAAAACUCACACCAGUAGGAAGAAAUCUAAACCACUGAUUGAAAAUGAGCUGACAAAUGUUAAAAAUUCUCGAAAACGAGCUUCACCUACCAGUACCCAGAAGCAACAGCAGGAAAAUAAAAAAGCACUGGAUCUUGCAAUGGAAUCUAGUACUCAGUCUUUUCCUGUUAAGUCCUUUUAUGGUGGAAAUAAUCGAGUCAAUCAAACCGCCCGCUCACCAACAUUUGUUGAAAAUAAACAAGUAUCCAACAUUCCCAAGCUUGUGAACCUUGACGAACUACAUGAUGAACCUAACCUCGCCAUCUCUCAACCUGGCCCGUCAGUGAUAACGAGAAGCCGGAGUUUGUCAUCACAGUCUUUUCUGCCUUACGAAAUCGGUCUUAGAAAUUUCGGAAAUACGUGCUACGUUAACGCAAUCCUUCAAGUUUUAUUUGCUUUACCUGGAUUUACGGACGAUCUCGUCAGUGCUUUUCAACAGGUGGAAAAUUUGCCAUGUUUUUGUGUUUUAUUUGCCAAAAUUGUAGAUGCACGGAAAACGGGACUGUCUCAUGCAGUCAAUGUUAAUACCCAGAAUUUUGUUGAAAAUCUGUGGACGCUACAUCCGAGCUAUUCAGUUCGAGAACAGCAAGAUGCCAAUGAAUUCCUUGUACGGCUCAUCGAACAGAUGAAAUGGGCGCUUCCGCCUGGACCUGCAAAUCCAGUUGAAUCACACUUCCAGUGUGAAAUGAUUGAAGUAUACCACUGCGCCAAAUGUGGAAAGAAAAAGAAAAACGUCCAGAAAAACACUUCCAUUUGCUUACCACUCUCCGAAAGUUCGUGUAACUUGGAGCAAUGUUUGGAAGCUUACAUGGCUGAAGAAGAACGUGACCUGGCAUGCAGUAAUUGCAAAGCAACCAGCAUGAAAAUAAGCUCGAAAUUCAGAACACUGCCAAGCAAGCUGAUUAUGUCGGUAAACCGCUUUUCAAAAGAUGCAAAGCUUGCCAAACAUGUCGUCCCGCCCCGAGUACUGGAUGUUCGGCGGUUCAUGGAAAAUACCGAAGAUGUCCUGCCCAGUCAGUAUGCCCUAACUGCCCAGAUUGUUCACAUUGGCGAAACAAAAAAUUUUGGUCACUAUGUUUCGCACGUAUAUUGUGAAGACGGCGAAUGGCGUUGCUACAAUGAUAUGUCGAUCCUAACUGUAUCUCUAGCGGAUGAUAUCCAAUCAGUUGACGGAGAUCCAGCUUAUGUUUAUUUUUACAUCCACCAGUCACCAGACGAAUGAGCGUUCCAAUCAUCAAAUGCGUUUUCUUUUGUUUAUUGAUCGAAUGUGAUAGGAUUCAGUAGUCAACUGUGUUGCAAUUAUCCUCGAGCCUUAUGAUUUCAAUGUUUCAACCUGUUCCUCACCUUUUGUUUAGUCAUGCCACAAUGGUUGUGCCAAUGGUCGCCGCUGUCGUGACACCUGUGAUUUUUUCCGUUAGCGUUACGUGCAGAGAUCCGUCACUGUAAUAAAAACAAUUGUUAAACUCAGAAAACGGGCAAAAUUUUUCAUCUUAUUAAACCUGGAAAGAUGAAAAUUGGCAGCCACGCUGGGCGCUUCUGGUAGGUUGUUUAAAGUUAGCUGCCAAAAUUAAACAUUUAUUGCUACAUCAACUUGGAAAAGAAACAAGUAAAAUGCUAUGUUACCUUUGCCACAAGUUCAGUUUCUUCAAAGACGUCAAGAAUGGCGACAUUAUGUUUCUUGCCUAGUGGGACAGGCAGAGAAAAGCGAGACGAAAGUGGCGUUUGAGCAGAAAAUACCAUCGUUGUUUGACUCUCGUCUUCGUCUCCGCACUGGUAUUCAUUGCCAAUGCAAUAAGUUAUUUAAAACGAUAAACAA